AUGAUGGCCUCGCCGCGAUUGCCCCUAGAGCUCUUCGCCCUUGUAGUGGAGAAUCUCUCUUAUCGCGACUGUCUGCAUAACUGCGCCCUGGCCGCGUCCGUCUUCCUGCACCCCUGCCAAAAGCGGCUGUAUGACCAGCUGUCGCUAACUACGUCGAUCGACGACGGCGCGGUCCUCCCGGUGAAGGAGGCAUUGCGCUCGCUGCGCCCAGUACACACGUAUGCCGAUGCAGCCCGCCACUUCGCCGCCGCGCCGCACCUCGCGGGCUACGUGGCGACGGUCUACCUGGCCAUGUCCGCGCUCGAGUCAGAGUCUGGAGACGCAAUCGAGACGGCGGAGAUGGUUUCGGCGCUCUUGGCGGGGCUGACGGGCGUGAGGCGGUGCUGUCUGUUGGCGCUGCGGGAAGAGGCGGUUGUGUGGGCCACGGUGGCAGGCGGGAUGCGGGAUGCGCUGCUGGGGUGGCUCCUGGCUCAGGGGACGCUGGAGAAGAUCAUGGUGUCCGGUAUCUGGGGGCUCCCCCGGGCUGCGCUGCACGUGCUGCUCGGCGCCAGCCCGUCGCUCCACAUCCUCCAAGGCGACGUCGAUCACGCGGACGGCCCGAGUACGGAGGAGGCCGAGUGGAUGCGGCGUGUGGACGCAACGGAUACGCGCGUUAUGCUGCUGGAGCUGUCUGUAGCGACAAGUCCAACGAUCAACCGUGUAUUGCAACAGCCCGAGUUCGCACAGUAUCUCAACCACCUUGAAGUCCUGGACACGACUAUUGAUGCGACGCCGCUGAGCACCGUCUGCUUUGCGUCUGCGGCAACACUCGACACGCUCAAGCUUGACUGCAUCCAGACCACGCACGAUCACCUGGUCCGGUUUCCACCCUCCCUCCCGCAGCUUCUGAACCUCCGGUUCACAGUCGGGCUGCACCACCUCGCCGGCGACGACGACAGUCCACUUAGCGACUUGCGCUUCCUCCCACAGCUGCUCCGCACCCUCGGCGAGGACACAUCCUGCCCCAAACUGCGCACCAUCACCUUUAUCGUCCUGCUUCCGCGCUUCAUGAUGCCGCUCUCAGAACAAAUGCUGCGCCAAUUGGACGAGGCACUUCACGCGCUCAGAUCCUUGGCGCUCGCUCGCUGGUUGCUGGUGGCCUCGGAGCUGCGACAGAGCGACUACUCAAUGGACGCGUUCCGGGAAGGCAUGCUGCGGGGCCUGCCGACGAUGGUAGCGGCGGUAGAUUUCAAUUCGAUUGUUGCUUUAUCGUUCACCUGCGGACAGAGCAUCUCUCUCCAGUGCCCAACCAUGAUUGCCAAUUCGAACGACAACUCAACUGAGUCAACUCGACCUUACUGCAUCCCUCUCAGCAUCCUAAAUCCACUUGCGCUUGCUUUCGUCGCGCUUCGCGAUGCGCUUGUUGACAUCGGGGUGUCAUGCACCAUUGGGGAUACUCUCUUUGAUUCUCUCUUUCCUCCUGCUGCAGUUCUCGAGCUCCGGUAA